GAGUUUGUCUAUUUUGUUUUUCUUAUUUCAGUGGUUUAUGUCUGCAGUGUUUUCACCCUGUGUUAUAACACAUUUUGAUGUAUUCCUCAGUGGUUUAUGUCUGCAGUGUUUUCACCCUGUGUUAUAAUACAUUUUGAUGCAUUCCUCAGAUACGAUCAUCGUUGCUGCGGAGAAUAAAAUAAAGGACAGACAACCAGAGUCUUGCGUGUGUCUUCUAUUUAAAGUUUGUGAUGGUUGUGUGGGAUGUGUUGAGGUCACACAACGGACAACAAUCUUUAAACCUAGAACUGACCAUAAAUAAACUCCACCUCUUUGGUUGCGUGAAGAAACAUAAAACAUCGGUUGUCGUUACGUCAUGAGAUUCCUUGUGAGAAGAAAGCAGCAGUGAACAUUGUAAUUAGAAUCAAACUGAUUUACAUCUUAAGGACCAAGAUGCUGAAUCUUCACCUCACUUUAACGCUCGUCGGUGUUCUUAGAGCUUCUCUGCUGGCUGAUGGCGCUAACAUACGACUCACUAGUGGCUACAACUUAUGCUCUGGCAGAGUGGAGAUCCUGUAUAAUGGCCAUUGGGGAACAGUGUGUGAUGACUACUGGGACCUGAAUGAUGCAGAGGUGGUGUGUAGACAGAUUGGAUGUGGUAAAGCUGUCACUGCUCAUGAAAGUGCCCACUUUGGUCAGGGAAGUGGUGAAAUAUGGCUGGAUGAUGUUCAGUGUUCUGGAAGUGAAAGCACCAUCACACAGUGCACUCACAGUGGAUUUGGACAACACAGCUGUAGCCAUAAGGAAGAUGCUGGUGUUACUUGCUCAGAUAACGUACGACUCACUGGUGGCAACGACCCCUGCUCUGGUAGAGUGGAGGUCCUGUAUAAUGACCAGUGGGGAACAGUGUGUGAUGAUGACUGGGACCUGAAAGAUGCAGAGGUGAUGUGUAGACAGAUUGGAUGUGGUAAAGCUGUCACUGCUCAUCAAAUUGCUUACUUUGGUCAGGGAAGUGGAGAAAUAUGGCUGGAUAAUGUUCAGUGUUCUGGAAAUGAAAGCAGCAUCACAAAGAUCCCGCCACCUGAACAUGCAAUAGAGACAAAAACAAAGGGCUUCAAAGACAUGCCACAAGAACGGGCCUUAGGCAUCCAAUGGAACGUUGAAAGGGACUGUUUCAGAUUUGACAACACUUUAAAAUACCAACCAGCAACACGUCGAGGCAUCUUAUCUACUGUUGCAUCCAUCUACAGCCCCCAUGGCUUCCUGGCGCCAUAUGUACUUCAUGGAAAAAGUAUCCUGCAGGAGAUGUGUCACCAAGGUAUCAACUGGGACUACUCUCUGCCAGAAGAACUGAGGCCAAGGUGGAGUGUGGGAACUCCAUAUAAGUACUGA